AUGAUCUCCGAUUUCGAAAAUUUCCCCAGCCCGCAGACGGCCAGGCAACGGAUGCGACGGACGAACAAGCCGAUGAUGGAGAAGAAACGGAGGGCGCGAAUCAAUCGCUCGUUGCAGGACCUGAAGCAGAUACUGCUCGACUCGUCGCAUACGUCGCCAUCGCAUGGCAAAUGGGAGAAGGCGGACAUCCUCGAGAUGACCGUCACCUAUGUGCGACGAUUGCUGCAAGGGAAUGGGGAUGUCCGUCCGCCAGUCCUGAUCUCCGCGCGCAACGCAUCCGACAGCGAGUCCGGGGAUUUUGAUGGCCAGCAGACAAAUCUAAGCGUCGAUGAGCCGUGUUCCCCAUCAACUACUCAUUCUUCGGCCACCAACAGCGCUCCCCCCUCGCCGCCCAUCUGUCAGCUCGCGCUCGGCACGAAAAGACAUCGAAUGGGGAAGGUGGAAGAGGAGCCGUCCCAAAAAGUGUCCUCAAUGACAUCGAACACCUAUGGGAAUGCGAUAGCUGCGAGCCUGGCUAAUGUGGCUUCGUUGGCUUCGCCAGUACCCGUUUAUGCUAGCAGCAUACUCGGUCAAUUCGCCAUGCAACAGCACUACGAGAUGCUCCUAAAGACGUACAGUCUAACAACUGGUGCCGCCCCAUCCGUUCCGUUUCCCGCGACGCCACUGAUGUCAUUCAGCAGCGUGCCCACCUUCCUCAAUCUGCCCCAUGCUAUGCCC